GUUGUACACAUGACAACAACCAUUUUGAUCAAACCCAAACGUCUGCCUUGUUAGGCAGACGUUGUUCAUAACGUAGAUGUUAAAUAAUUGAAAUAAUGAAUGGCGUUAAACUAUGGGUAGUGAUGGUACCAGUAAAGAAGAUCGUCCCGAAAGUGUCAGCAAAGGUGCAAACAAGGCUUAUCGGAUAUUAGAAUCGCAGGGGUUUAUCGUGGGACGUACGCUCGGCAGCGGAUCAUACGCCCGCGUCAAAUGUGCGUAUGACAUGAAUCGUAAGCACAAAGUGGCCGUAAAAAUCAUCAAUAAACAGAAAUCUUUCGACGAAUAUCUGAACAAGUUUUUGCCGCGCGAGGUGGAAGCUAUGCGAAUAUUGACGAAUCAUUACUCUAUAGUGAAAUUUUAUCAAAUUAUCGAAACAACCAGUAGAUACUUCUUCAUAAUGGAAUACGCUGAAAAAGGCGAUCUUUUAAACGAAGUUAAAGCAAGAGGGACCAUUCCGGAGAAUCAGGCUGGACGCUGGUUCAUCAACAUGUUCGACGGUGUGAAAUACAUGCACGGCAAAGGCGUUGUGCACAGAGACAUCAAGUGCGAGAAUUUGGUCAUAGACGCUCAUUAUACACUCAAGUUGACCGAUCUUGGGUUCGCUAAAAAAAUUGGCAAGAAUAAAUCGGGAGACUCGCUGCUCAGCGAAACGUACUGCGGAAGUUAUGCAUAUGCACCGCCGGAAAUUCUUAAAGGGAUACCGUACAACCCGGAGCUCUCAGAUGUUUGGAGCAUGGGUGUCGUAUUGUAUACCAUGCUGUACGGAAGGUUGCCUUUUGACGACGGCGACCACAAAAAGUUACUCAAGCAAGUACAGAGCAGAAUCGUUUUCCCCAACAAGCCCGUCGUGUCCAGUGACUGCAAACUCUUCAUUUUAAAGAUAUUUUUAAAGGUUCCCGAGCGCGUACUUUUAAAACACAUGAAACUCGACGCCUGGUUUAAGUUCCAGCAGAUUGUUUGUAAGCAAGGGAAGGAGGAAAAGGCUAAUGCGGCAAAUGAAGUAACGGCGACUUCGGAUGAAGAUGUUACCAGACCUGCUGGGACAGACAAUAGCGGCGAAACUACACAUCAUCGAUUAUCGAUGAAACUAGUUAAAGAAAAAGACGAUGGAAAUGAUGAAAUUGAGACGACCCCGACCGUUCAUGAUAUAGCUAAAGAGACGAUGGAAAUAAAUGUUCCAAUUUUGACGUCCGAACAGCCGACUGUUCACCCUGUAUCUGGAUGAAUGAACUAUUAAUUACUAAAGAAUGUCUGUAUUGAAUGGAAAACACACUAUUUAAUCCAUUUUUUGAAGUAAAAAAGUAACAACAAAUCAAAA